CCCUCACCUGCAGCACGCUGUUUUGUGGCUGUGACCUGUGUUCUGUACUCCCAGGCGACAGAGGGCGCUCUUUUGUUCCGACACACCUUGACGUUCAUGUGACCGCCGCACUCAGGACAGUAGACACUGUGGAACAUGGCGCGGCAAGUAGUGUACCCGCUGUACCAACUGGGUAACCCGCAGCUCCGAGUAUUCCGGACAAACUUCACCAUGACCCUGGUGAGACCCGGGAAAGUGCAGCCCCCGGACACGGUGCAGUUCCGUAUACCGCUAGAGAUGACUAAGCUGGAUGUACAAAACUACCUGCAGUCUAUUUACAACGUUACGGUAUCUGCAGUACGGACUCGCAUCCAGUACGGUAAUAACAGGAAAAGAAACCACUUAAACCAGAAAGUGAAGCGUCCUGAUUUCAAAGUAGCUUAUAUUCAGCUGGGGAUGGGUCAAACCUUUGAGUUUCCAAAUCUGUUUACUGAGAAAGAGGACACCCUAGAAACUGGCUCUUUCGAAGACCUACAGAGGGAAUUUAUGGAGAAUGAGAAGCAACGACUGCGCAGUCAGCCCCUCAGGGGAGGAGUUAAUGACUGGUUUGGACUUUAAAGGAUUACGUUCAGAACUCUGUGAUACUUUGGUACUACCAUAUAUCUAUGACCUGCCGAGUACUAAAACCUGAAGGCGUCAGCAGACCAUGGUUUUCUGGCUGUUGGAAGGAAAGAAACACAUUUGCUUCUUUCUGUGAAGCUUGAUAAAGAAGGGGCAGAGAACACCAUCUUGUGUCCUGCUUUAUUUGGGAAGGCCCUGUUCUUUAACUUUCUUCCUUGAUCCACUCUUGUGGAGUAAAUUUGAAAUAAACCUCUUAAAUUAUAAUUUGAAA